GCGUCACCCCUCCUUCACUUGUAAGACAUAAGUGGUCGAGUGUGGUGGCAUGGUCAGUGCGUCUGCGACCGCCGAACAGAAUGGAGACCCUGCUUGUUGUCUGUCUGUGUGUGUCCGUGCUUGUCUGUCACGUGCAAGGCCAAGUAUCGUCAAUAUGUAAGCCAAAGGAAAGGCUACUGGUAUGUGGAUGCCCGCGUACAUGCCGCGACCCCGCCCCAAACUGUCAGGCGGUCUGCAGAACCGGCUGCUACUGCGAAGAUGGAGAGGUCCGCAACGAUGAUGGGGACUGCGUCAAGUUGGCUGAUUGUCCUCCCAUACUGUCGGCCUUUGCUCAAGACACGACGGAGCCUCGCGCUAACGGAGGCCAGUGUCCCGCCAACGAGGAGUACCAGUCCUGUGGUACCUGCACCAGGACCUGCGAGAACCCCAACCCCAUCUGCCCCGCGCAGUGCAUCAGCGGGUGCUUCUGUAUCGAGGGGCGCGUGCGAAACAGAGAAGGGAAGUGCGUCAGGCCGGACCAGUGUCCUAGUGCCCCAAAGCCCAUUCAGUACCAGAUCACGUGCAGAGAGCACCAGGUCUACAAGCAGUGCGAGACUUGUGAGAAGACCUGCAGCAACCCCAACCCCAAGUGUCCGACCCCAUGCGCCAUGGGCUGUUUCUGUGAGGAAGGCUUCGUCAAGUCCCCCAAUGGGCAAUGCGUGCGUCUCGACGACUGCCCGAAAGCUGAAGUGAUGGUCGGUCCAAUGGGUCACGACUCCCAGGAGCCCGAGAUCGAGGACUGCGCCCCUGACGAGGAGUACUUCUCCUGCGGCUGGUGCGAGCCGAGCUGUUCCAACCCCAGCCCAUCGUGCCCCAUCAGAGUGUGCACCAGGGGCUGCCUGUGCCGGCCGCCGCUGCUGAGGCAUCACAGUGGACACUGUGUGGAAGAGAAGGAUUGUUUUCCACAAAAGUGCAAAGACCCAAAUGAAGAGUACGUCUGCCGCUACGGCUGCGAGCUGCGCUGCGAGACGCGGGCCUGCGUGCGCCCGCGCCGCUGCCUGCUCGGCUGUCACUGCAGACUCGGCCUCGUACGAGAUGGCGCCACCGGCUUCUGCGUCACCCGGGACAAAUGCUUGAACACCACUAACACGAAUGAUAUAUCCUUCGAUUAGGAGUUUGUGGACUGAAAACUUGAGGGUUUUGAAAAUGUUUGACUGAAUUUUAUAGUUAAGCGUGUUUAUGAAAGUUGGUUUAAGAAGAGUGCUUUAGAACAUGGUUAUUUUGAUGUUUAAUGAGUAGUUAUGGAAACCAGAAAAUAUCCUAGGUAGGUACCUAAAUAGGUAAUUAUGAACUACUUACUAAUAAGUAGCACCUUAUUCAUUCCGCUUCUUGUUUAACAAGAAAAUUGAUAAGGGAU